GGCUGCUCGCUUUGGCCGUGGCCGGAGUCGGUGGCUGCUGCGACCACGGCGCGAGAUGAAGCAGAAGCGGAAAGGUGAGCUCAGCACUGCUGAGCUGAUGAUGCUGACGAUAGGAGAUGUGAUUAAACAACUGAUUGAAGCCCACGAACAGGGAAAAGACAUUGAUCUGAAUAAGGUGAAAACCAAGACAGCUGCCAAACAUGGCCUUUCAGCACAGCCCCGCCUGGUGGACAUCAUUGCUGCGGUCCCUCCUCAGUACCGAAAAAUCCUGGUCCCCAAGUUGAAGGCAAAACCCAUUAGAACUGCCAGUGGGAUUGCUGUUGUGGCUGUGAUGUGUAAACCCCACAGAUGCCCACACAUCAGUUUUACAGGAAAUAUCUGUGUAUACUGCCCUGGUGGACCUGACUCCGAUUUUGAAUAUUCCACUCAGUCAUACACUGGCUAUGAGCCAACCUCCAUGCGAGCCAUCCGUGCUAGAUAUGAUCCAUACCUACAGACAAGACACCGACUAGAACAGUUAAAACAACUUGGUCACAGUGUGGAUAAAGUGGAGUUUAUUGUGAUGGGUGGAACGUUUAUGGCCCUUCCAGAAGAAUACAGAGAUUACUUUAUUCGAAAUUUGCAUGAUGCCUUAUCAGGACAUACUUCGAACAAUAUUUAUGAGGCAGUCAAAUAUUCUGAGAGAAGCCUCACAAAGUGCAUUGGUAUUACUAUUGAGACCAGACCAGAUUAUUGCAUGAAGCGACAUCUAAGUGACAUGUUGACCUAUGGCUGCACAAGGCUGGAGAUUGGGGUGCAGAGUGUCUAUGAAGAUGUGGCCAGAGACACCAACAGGGGACACACUGUGAAGGCAGUAUGUGAGUCAUUUCACCUGGCCAAAGAUUCUGGUUUCAAAGUAGUGGCUCAUAUGAUGCCUGAUCUGCCAAAUGUGGGACUUGAAAGAGACAUUGAACAGUUUACAGAGUUUUUUGAGAACCCUGCUUUUCGUCCUGAUGGCUUGAAACUCUACCCUACUCUGGUGAUCCGUGGAACUGGGCUGUAUGAGCUUUGGAAGUCAGGCAGAUACAAGAGUUAUUCUCCCAGUGACCUAAUAGAGUUGGUGGCUCGGAUCCUCGCCCUCGUGCCUCCCUGGACUCGAGUGUACCGAGUGCAGAGAGAUAUUCCCAUGCCCUUGGUCAGCUCAGGAGUGGAGCAUGGCAAUUUGAGAGAGCUAGCAUUUGCAAGAAUGAAAGACCUUGGAAUACAGUGUCGAGAUGUGAGAACCAGAGAAGUUGGAAUACAAGAAAUUCAUCACAAAGUACGGCCAUACCAGGUUGAGUUGGUAAGAAGAGAUUAUGUUGCAAAUGGUGGCUGGGAAACAUUUUUAUCAUACGAAGACCCAGAUCAAGACAUUUUGAUUGGCCUGCUACGUUUACGAAAAUGUUCUGAGGAAACCUUCCGUUUUGAAUUGGGUGGAGGAGUUUCCAUAGUCCGAGAGCUACAUGUAUAUGGAAGUGUAGUCCCUGUGAGCAGCCGAGAUCCUACUAAGUUUCAACAUCAGGGAUUUGGCAUGCUGCUGAUGGAGGAAGCAGAAAGAAUAGCUCGAGAAGAACAUGGAUCUGGGAAAAUCGCUGUUAUAUCAGGUAACUGGGGAAGGCUGAAGUUCAUGAUUCAUUCACAUUUUCAAGUUGGUAACAUGGUAGAAACUAACUCACCACUCUCUUACACCUGCCUAGGAAUAUUAUGUUCAGAAUUGUGCCAAGCUGAUUGGUGAGGGACUUGUGCUCAAACGUAAAUAAAAUUCAUGAGAACAGUUGGGUGAACAAGAGCUUUCAGAGUUGUGCUGUGUUUCUGAGAGUGCCAGGAAUGAUAAUCCAUAUCCUUUCUUCUUCACUGCCUGUCACAUUGGCCUUCAUGGUUAAGUCUCCUGUGCUUUGUGCCCAGUAACUUUGAGAUAGUGGAACUUUAUGAUAGUGAUCCAAGGAAAAUAAAAACCAGUUAUCGUUGAUUAUCACCAUUGCUGUUCAUUAGUAUUAUUGCUGUGUGAGGCAGACUUCUUGAUCCUUAAAUAUUGUUCCUAGUGACUUUGUUCUUGGAGAGGAGCUUUCUCCUGUUUAGGAGGGGAGGGGCAGAAAAGGUUUUUCUCAGUCCUCUUAGCGUCACCGGCUAGGUCUGACAGUGAAACUGGGCAAAUCAGAUCAAGAAGGAGAAAAGCAAUAGAUAUUUACUGGAUACAAAUUUGACAGAACAUGGUAACCUCUGUAAAGAAAUGAAGGCUGAAAGAAGCAAGUUGAACCGAAUAUUUUAAAUCUGUGUUUGAUGAAGUGUGGAAAGUUGUGGAAAACUAGAAUACAUUAAAGAAGUAUGAGGUAAGGGUAAUAAUACAUAGAGAGACAUUUAGGAGAUUCUGUUCAUCCAGAUUCCUCUUGCAUGUGUCCUCCAGGUAUAGGGAGGCCACCUCUCACUGAGGAUCUUACAAUUUGUUUCAGAGGAUAAGGGCCCGGAAAGAAUCCUUCCUGCUACCUCUCGGAUUGCUUUAGGUUAUAAUAUUUUCUGGUCCAAGGUACAGUAUUUAGGGAGAGUGAGUGUAGUUCCUUAACCCUGUCUUUAUAACAAGCUUCCCACUCCUUGUCUAGGACCUCAGAGAAUUGGAGAAGUAGCCAUGAAAAGGAAAUUCUGUCAUGAAUGCAAUGGGAAAUGCUGUGUACUCCCUUCCUUUCCUGUUCUUCAGUAUGAGAUCUUUAUAGAAAGUGCUCUGUCUACUAGGAACCAAUAUGAUAAAAGGCAAGAUCAACAUUUAGGUUAUUUUUCCUCUAGCAUUUGCUUCUUUUGUCAUUAGACUGCCACAUUCCUAAAGCUGAGAAAUAUUCUUUUCUGACAACAUAAGUAGAAAUGUAGUUAAAAAAAAUACAAACUGUUCCUUAUCAAUAAAUUAGUCUCUAUUCUCAGGCUUCAGGUUUAUAAUUAGAAAAACACAGUGAUGUGGGCUUACUUAAGCAUUUUGUGUAAUUGUGAAUUUUGACAUUCAGACAGAUGAAUAGAGCAUAUAACACGUCUAACUACUUAGUUUUUCUCCAUUAUCUUUAGUUUCAUAAAGAAGAGUUAACUAUAUGAUGCUCAUGUGAUUAGUACUGACAUCUGUUAUGAAAAUAUUUGUCUUACAACUAUUUAAUUGGCAAUUGACCAGAGGUAUCAGGAAAGUGCC